AUGAUUGAACAAAUUAAUGAAGUUCGAGUAUUAGAUACUUGUCAGACAGUAGUAAGUCAAUCUAAAGAUGUGAAAAUUAUUUCAUCAAACAUUCCAAAAUUGGCUCUAAAGAUAUAUAAAUUAAUAGAAGAAGAAAAGUUAACUCUUGAUGAGUUUAAAAAAUGUUCAUUACAUCCAAAAAAUGAAGACGAAGAAGCAAUUAACUGGAUAUUUAUUGUUGAUUCUUUAAACUUUUGUUUUUUUGAUCCUAACAAUAAAUCACAUUGGACUGUUACUUGGAAAAAUGAAAAAUACACAGGCUAUUUUGGUUUGUGUGCUGCAAUCAAUAGAGCUAUAGAAAAAGGGAUAAAAAUGACUGAUAUGAAAACUUGUUCGAAAUUAACAAGAGACCAAUUGGAUGAAAUACUUUUAGGGGAUGAUGGAACAACUCUUCCACUAUUACAAGAAAGAUAUCUGUGUUUACAACAAUCUGCAAAUAAUUUACUAAUAAAAUAUAAAGGAAAUUUUGUGAACUGUAUAUUAGAAGCAAAUCAUUCUGCUCAAGAUUUGUUGAAACUCAUUUCUAAAAACUUUAGUCAUUUCCGAGAUGAAUCCAUUUAUAACAACGAAAAAGUUGCUAUUUAUAAAAGAGCUCAAAUUUUGAUUGCUGAUAUUUGGUCAUCAUUCAGGGGUACUGGUUUUGGUGAAUUUCAUGACAUAGAUACUAUAACCAUGUUUGCAGAUUAUAGGGUCCCUCAAGUUCUAUUAUACUUUGGUGUUUUGGAAUAUUCAGAUAAAUUAAAAGAUACUCUCAAACAAGGUAUUCUUCUUAAGCAUGGAGCACCAGAAGAAGUGGAAAUUAGAGCAGCUUCUAUCGUUGCAGUUGAUGAAGUUGUAAAUGAGGUGAAGAAAUUAAUGGCAAAAAAUAAUAUACACAAGACUUGCAAUUCUAUUAUGGUUGACACUUAUUUAUGGGGUUACCGGAGAGAAAAUGCUGCAAUUUUGGAAGACACACCAUAUCACAAGACAUUAAAUAUUUAUUAUUAA